AUGAAGGCAGUUGAAACAGCUGAGGAGGCUGUCGAGGCUGAGGAGGCUGUCGAGGCUGAGGAGGCUGCCGAGGCUGAGGAGGCUGCCGAGGCUGCCGAGGCUGCCGAGGCUGCCGAGGCUGCCGAGGCUGCCGAGGCUGCCGAGGCUGCCGAGGCUGAGGAGGCUGCCGAGGCUGAGGAGGCUGCCGAGGCUGAGGAGGCUGCCGAGGCUGAGGAGGCUGCCGAGGCUGAGGAGGCUGCCGAGGCUGAGGAGGCUGCCGAGGCUGAGGAGGCUGCCGAGGCUGAGGAGGCUGCCGAGGCUGAGGAGGCUGCCGAGGCUGAGGAGGCUGCCGAGGCUGAGGAGGCUGCCGAGGCUGAGGAGGCUGCCGAGGCUGAGGAGGCUGCCGAGGCUGAGGAGGCUGCCGAGGCUGAGGAGGCUGCCGAGGCUGAGGAGGCUGCCGAGGCUGAGGAGGCUGCCGAGGCUGAGGAGGCUGCCGAGGCUGAGGAGGCUGCCGAGGCUGAGGAGGCUGCCGAGGCUGAGGAGGCUGCCGAGGCUGAGGAGGCUGCCGAGGCUGAGGAGGCUGCCGAGGCUGAGGAGGCUGCCGAGGCUGAGGAGGCUGCCGAGGCUGAGGAGGCUGCCGAGGCUGAGGAGGCUGCCGAGGCUGAGGAGGCUGCCGAGGCUGAGGAGGCUGCCGAGGCUGAGGAGGCUGCCGAGGCUGAGGAGGCUGCCGAGGCUGAGGAGGCUGCCGAGGCUGAGGAGGCUGCCGAGGCUGAGGAGGCUGCCGAGGCUGAGGAGGCUGCCGAGGCUGAGGAGGCUGCCGAGGCUGAGGAGGCUGCCGAGGCUGAGGAGGCUGCCGAGGCUGAGGAGGCUGCCGAGGCUGAGGAGGCUGCCGAGGCUGAGGAGGCUGCCGAGGCUGAGGAGGCUGCCGAGGCUGAGGAGGCUGCCGAGGCUGAGGAGGCUGCCGAGGCUGAGGAGGCUGCCGAGGCUGAGGAGGCUGCCGAGGCUGAGGAGGCUGCCGAGGCUGAGGAGGCUGCCGAGGCUGAGGAGGCUGCCGAGGCUGAGGAGGCUGCCGAGGCUGAGGAGGCUGCCGAGGCUGAGGAGGCUGCCGAGGCUGAGGAGGCUGCCGAGGCUGAGGAGGCUGCCGAGGCUGAGGAGGCUGCCGAGGCUGAGGAGGCUGCCGAGGCUGAGGAGGCUGCCGAGGCUGAGGAGGCUGCCGAGGCUGAGGAGGCUGCCGAGGCUGAGGAGGCUGCCGAGGCUGAGGAGGCUGCCGAGGCUGAGGAGGCUGCCGAGGCUGAGGAGGCUGCCGAG